UUUCAAAAUUCUCAAAAAAUACUCUAUUCCUAAUAAAUAUCUAAAACAAAAUUAUGCAAUCUGUACGCAAAUUACGUCUACCACCCCUCAACUACUGGAAACAACAAUAUGCCAUUGUGUUAAUGUCCCACACCAAGGCUGGCUAUCCCAUAGUUCUAUCACUACUCGACAUGGGCAUGUAUGUAGUGGCCGUUUCGCCACACUUUAAACAAAAUGAAGUUUUACGACACCUCUUGAGUAACGAACAAAGACAACGCUACUUCACCAAACAGGUGGAUCUGCACACUAUAAUGUCUAUAAAUAUGUUAAUAAUGGAAUUAAAAUUGGAAGCCAAACAAGUGAAACUCUUUUUAUGUCUAAUACCACAAAUCAAUGAACGGGAGAAGAGAGAUAUUUUCGAAAAAACUAGCGCUGCAUUGCUGCAAACGAUCUUGGAGGUAAAUGAUUUGGGUGUGGGUGCCCUAUGUGCAACAGCCAAACGUCAUGUAAUCCAAGAGGAUUAUAGUCAUGUGUGGUGUAUGAGAUUUCAUCAUAACGAACCUGAUUUGGUUCAUGAUUAUUUGGAAUAUUUAAUGGGUUUAGCAUGUGCAGCUCCCAGGAAUUUGAAUGUAAAUUUAGUGAGACAAAAUGAAAAAGAGAAAUGUAAUUGUAUGAUGGAAUGAUACAAUAUUUGAGAGCGGAAAGUAUUUUGUGUAUAGACUACUUUAAAAUCUAAAAAAAGUACUCUUUUGUACUAGUUCAAUUUCAAUACUUAAAUUUCCCAUGCCUGUUAUUUAAUAUCGUUGAA